AUGAAGGCAUCCUUGGCGUUCCUUCUCCCCCUGGUGCUGGCUCUGGCACCGCUGGCGAGCGGGCAGCGACGGAAACCUCCCCGCAGACCCACCCGGCCUCCCGCAGCCUUCGAGGAGCCCGCGGAGCCCACGGAGCUGCCCCCUCCCCUCCCUCCGGGCCCUCCAUCCAUCUUCCCCGACUGCCCCCGGGAAUGUUACUGCCCUCCGGAUUUCCCGUCGGCGCUGUACUGCGACAGCCGCAACCUGCGCACGGUGCCGGUGAUCCCGCCCCGCAUCCACUACCUGUACCUGCAGAACAACUUCAUCGCCGACCUGCCCGAGGAGUCCUUCCGCAACGCCACCGGCCUCAAAUGGGUCAACCUGGACAACAACCGCAUCCGCAAGGUGGACAGGAAAGUGCUGGAGAAGCUGGAAAAUCUCAUUUUCCUCUAUAUGGAGAGGAACCAGCUGAAGGAGGUGCCCGCUUUCCUGCCGCCCAACCUGGAGCAGCUGCGGCUCAGCAGGAACCAGAUUUCCAGGAUCCCCGCUGGCGUUUUCAACAAGCUGGAGAACCUGGUGCUGCUGGACCUGCACCACAACAAGCUGAGCGAUGGCGUCUUCAACAAGAACACCUUCAAGGGGCUCAAGAACCUCAUGCAGCUCAACCUGGCCCACAACAUCCUGAGGAAGAUGCCCCCCGGCGUGCCCAGCGCCAUCCACCAGCUCUUCCUGGACAGGAACAACAUCGAGGACAUCCCCAGCGAUUAUUUCAAGGAGUUUCCCAACCUGGCUUUCAUCCGGCUCAACUACAACCAGAUCUCGGAUAAGGGGCUGCCCAAAAAUUCCUUCAACCUCACCAACCUUCUGGUGCUGCACCUGGCCCACAACAAGCUCACCAACGUGCCCUUCAUCAGCCCCAAGCUGGAGCACCUCUACCUGAACAACAACUCCAUCGAGAAAAUCAACGGCACUCAGAUCUGCCCCACCUCGCUGGUUUCCAUCCAGGAUUUCUCUCCCUCCGACCUGGACAGUGUCCCCCGGCUCCGCUACCUGCGGCUGGACGGGAACCUGCUGAAGCCUCCCAUCCCUCUGGACCUGAUGCUGUGUUUCCGCCUGCUCCAGUCCGUGGUGUUUUAG